AAUAAAGCGUCCUACUUUUAAGGGUCUAGUUUUUCAUCGUGUCACGUGGGCUGAGUGCUGGCGGGGACCUCCUUGAUUUCAACGGCCUGAACCUAAGAAAAAAGACAUCAAGGGAUGCACUCAACCAGUGCCACGAACGAUUGAAAGAUAUCUGAUUCUCUAAGAGAUGCAUACCUAUAGCGGCUUGAGUAGGAUGAUUAGUGCAUACGAUGGUGUUUCGAACAUGGAAAUUUUUGGAUUACCGAAAUAUCUUGAAGAGGACAGGCAAGUCAAGAAUCCUUUUUUCACGGGAGAAACCGCUAACGCACUUUACAACGUACUGUUUUUGUACUCUAGCUACCAAUUUAAAGUAGUUGUUCUUGUUGCCUUGUUCAACAUCAGGACUAGAAGUACUACACCGUGAUCGUUCUGAUCAUUUUCAUCCGCUGUUAAAACAUUUAGUUUAAGUUUUAGCAUCUCAAAGCAUGACUGUGAUCGACCGCUACACAUGAAAGUUACAUUAUUAUAGAUACAUAGCGAUUGCGAUCACCCUCUCCCUCAUCCAGUUCCUUCGUGGCGGACUUCGCUGCCAUCCUGAUGAUCGCGAAAACAUUCGAGGCUUGAUUCGACUCUUCAACGUCUUGAUCGACACGUAUGCCAACAACAAAGAGGAAAACCACGCCGAUGACCCUGCUCGCAAGGAACAAAUUCUUGCUUUGAAGAUUCCGGAAGACAAGCUAAAAAAACCAACUGGAUCUCAGCAGGCCAUCAACGAGAAAACGAAAGCCACAAUGAGGAAGGCCGUUGAGGAGUAUCAGAAGGCGAGGACAGACGUCGAGAAUCUCUCAGCUGAAGUGAAACUGGAGGAAGCAAGAACUGCAAUGAAGGGAGCGGUCAGCCACGAGCUUCCGGUCAAGACAACCGCAUUCAAUACGGCAGUCAAGAAAGUCGAGGACCAGGUCUACAAAAAAGGAAUGGAGAUUCUGUACAACAUCGUGCGUCGCAGCGAACUCGGAGAAGGCGCAGGCGAUGGAGGUGGAGUUUGAAUAGGAGAAAAUCAACAAUGGUGAAUUAGAUGAAGACACUGAGGAGAGUCUGAGACUGUGAUCGCGAUCGGGACUAUUUACUAUCAUAAUAUAACAUUGUGAUCGAGGUUAUGAAUAUCAACACCUUGCUGGACCGCUUCAGGGACUGUUUCAUCUUGCCAGUGAUUGAGGAUAGUCACUUGAGAUGCACACAUGACGUAAAACUGUAUUGACUAACAUGAGUCUGACUUUCUUGACUCUUGCUUGACGAUAAGGCGAUCAAGUUCAUACUUCAUUUACUUGUUACCAGAAUUUUAGUGAAGGCGAGCACGACUAAGCCUGAGCACAUGAACCGCGGGCACAAGAUGCGAAAAGAAAUUUUGAACAUUUUGACUUUUUUCCUUCAUAAACAUGAAAUUUGCCGUCACAUGUCCGUCUCACGAUUCUUUCUGGUGCGAAGACGAUGCCCGCAU